CUGCUUGGGUACUUGGAAAAAACGAGGUAUGGUGUCUAGAAUCUAAAAAGCAGAAACCUUAAGCUAACACAACAAUCACAUCCAGAGAGAAGGGGGCAAUUUUCCUCGAUCCAGCUUUGGUGCACAUGUUUUGUUUUUAAGGAAGUAAAAGGCACCUCCUCAAUGUUUUUUGUGCUUUGGUUUAAAACUAGUUAUAUCUUGGGAGUAGAAAUUGUGAAAACGACCCUACAGCCCCAAAGCACUACAGGGGCACCUGAAGAAAUCUGCCCUUAGAGACGCAGGAAAACCUCAAUCAGAUUCCUCUAACAAAAUCCACACCAUCUAGAGAAACUAGAAGAAACGUUCUUCUCCCCUCAUCCUACCCCAAAUAGUAGGGGGAGAAAAACCCAUUCCCAAAGCACUGAAACGUCCUUUUUAUUCCUGGGUAACCUGAGAUCGCCUGAAGAAAAAGGACGUAGGAGACGCACGUUACAGUCCCAGUAUCCGAACACGUUCGGGAUAUUCCGGGAGGGGCGGGGGGAACGCCGAGCACCCGGCAAGUGGAGCCACCUUCAACCCCGGAUUCAGUUUCCGGACACAGAAAUGGUGCCCGGAGGCCGCUACUUUCGCAUCUGCGUUGCUUCUGCCUCCGCCGACACGGCCUCCUUCCCCUCCCCCACGGGCGGGGCGACGACCGGGAACUGGGGCCGCAAGCAAGCAGAGAAGCCAGGCGGGUGGGCUUCCCACCCUGAAACCGCCUCUGCAGAAGCCCACUAUCCCGCUUCGCGGCUUGGCGCCCGUCGGCGCGCUCUGGGAGCUGCGGCGGACAGGGUUCCCCCCAACCCCCGGCCGCCUCAUCCUAGCAAUCCCCAGCCCCACCUGUGCCCUCCUCUGCACCACGCGCGCGGGUCAUCUUCCUCCCCACGCAGCCUCCCGCUCACCUUGCAGGAAAGGCUCGGCUCGGCUCCGCACGCACGCACCCUUGCUGGCGUAGGCAGCCGGCGAGAACAAUGUUUCUGCCGCACCAACCCCGACACCAGACGCACACACCGGACGGUUGCCGCGAGCCGCGGAGCGGAGGGAAAUGUCCCCUGCCGACCACCACACCGACCGCCCUUCUCGGCCCCCGUACACACCUCCAACCAACAGCGGCGGCGGGCACGUCGCGCGGAGGUCAGGAGUGUCGCGGGAUCGGCCGCAGCAGAUUCUCCUCCCCCGAAUAAACCCAAGGCUUCGAAAUCCAGAAAGCCGCGAGCUCGGGCCCCUCACAGCCACCUCUUCCUAAGAACCUAGAGCCGCAACGAGCUCCAAGAACACGGACGUCCCGCCCCCUUUGCCACCGCCCCCUCUUAUUGUUUUACCCCUGCGGAAAGGGCUAGGGAACCCCCCAGCACAACGCCAGCCAAUCAGGCAUCAGUUUGGAGAGCUGGACCCAACCUUCUCUCGUCCCUCUGCGGAGCACGCGCAGUACGGCGCCGCGCUCGCUCACUCGGGCGUCCGGAAAGCCAGGGAACCGGAACCGGCCUAAAGCCGGGGCGAGAGCCCGCUGAUUUGACGUCACAAGGAAGCUGCCCUUUCUCUUGCAGUGAUGCUGAAGCCUCCCUGUCCUUUCAGGUGGCGCGAACAAAAAAGAUGGCUCACCGCUAAGUAGUGUCUUUUACAAACGGUUAUUCCUGGAGCCUUUAUUCGUGUUAAGAGGGAGCAAAUUUAGUAAUGUCCCUGGUUGCUGCUUUAUGGGAGCAUUAAGACGCAGUUUUGA